UCCCCAUCCCACMCCCCUCGUUUCCGCCCUCACCCUGGAGUGGCUGGUGGGAACUUGAAGGGACUGGAAAAGACGCAAGAAAGCAAGAAAGCCGGAGGAAGAGGUGUGGUGAAAGUGAAAACAGGCUGCCAAACCAGGGGACUCUCUCCAAUUUAAGAAGGAAGUCAGCUGACGUUAGUUAAAUUUAACAUCCCUCUUAUGUGUAACAUUUGACUUCGGAAACAAAAAAAAAAUGAACUUUGCAGAGGAAGAGGGCUCUAAGAGAUACUGCAUUCAAACCAAACAUGUGGUUAUUAUCUGUGCGGUGGUGGUGGCUGUGGGGUUAAUAGUGGGACUCUCCGUGGGCUUGACCCGAUCGUGUGACUCCACCGACGGCACAGCUCCCACAACUCCGGCGCCAUCCCACCUUCCUCCCCGGACUAGCCCUUCGGCCCUUCCUCCCACGGCCAGACCUUCAGAGCCCCCUCCCCAGGGCCCCAGCGCCUGUCCUGCCAGCGAAGAUGCAAGUGGAGAUUGGAAACAUUUCAGACUGCCGGCCACCGUCAACCCCGUGCACUACGACCUGGAGGUGAAGCCCCUGAUGGAGCAGGACACGUACACSGGCAGAGUGACCAUCUCCAUCAACGUGAGCGCACGCACGCCUCACCUGUGGCUGCACCUGCGGGACACCUGGAUCACCCGGCUCCCCGAGCUCAGGAAGCCCUCGGGGGAGCAGGUGAAGCUCAGGAGGUGCUUCGAGUAUAAAAAGCAAGAGUAUGUGGUGGUGGAGGCCGAAGAAGAGCUGGCCCCCGUCGGUGACAAAGGUCUCUACCUCCUGACCWUGGAGUUCGCUGGCUGGCUGAACGGCUCCCUGGUGGGGUUUUACAGAACCACCUACGUGGAGAACGGGCAAGUCAAGAGCAUAGCGGCCACGGACCAUGAACCAACAGAUGCUAGGAAAUCCUUCCCAUGUUUCGAUGAGCCCAACAAAAAGGCAACUUACAACAUAUCCAUCAUCCACCCCAAAGACUAUCAUGCACUUUCAAAUAUGCCCGUGGAGAUAACAGAGUCAGUGGAUGACCAAUGGAUGCGAACAACUUUUCAGAAGUCUGUUCCCAUGAGCACUUACCUGGUGUGCUUUGCUGUACAUCAAUUUGUCUCCAUAACGAAAAUGUCAGAAAGUGGAAAACCCCUCACUAUUUAUGUCCAGCCAGAGCAAAAACACACAGCUGAGUAUGCUGCAAACAUAACUAAAAUUAUAUUUGAUUAUUUUGAAGACUACUUUGCUAUCAAUUAUUCUCUUCCUAAAUUAGAUAAAAUCGCUAUUCCAGACUUCGGUACUGGUGCCAUGGAGAACUGGGGACUUGUCACUUACAGAGAAACAAACCUGCUUUAUGACCCUCAGGAAUCAGCCUCAUCCAACAAACAGAGGGUGGCCACUGUGAUUUCCCACGAACUUGUGCAUCAGUGGUUUGGAAAUAUUGUAACCAUGGACUGGUGGGAAGACUUGUGGCUGAAUGAAGGAUUUGCUUCUUUCUUUGAAUUCCUGGGAGUAGACUAUGCAGAAAAAGAGUGGCAAAUGCGUGACCAGAUAUUACUUGAAGAUGUAUUACCUGUACAAGAGGAAGAUUCUUUAAUGUCUUCACACCCAAUAGUCGUCACCGUGUCAACCCCUGAUGAAAUAACAUCUGUUUUUGAUGGAAUAUCCUAUAGCAAGGGAGCUUCUAUUCUUAGAAUGCUUGAAGACUGGAUAACACCAGAUAAAUUUCGAAGAGGAUGUCAGAUUUACUUGGAAAGAUUCCACUUCAGGAAUGCAAAGACUUCAGAUUUUUGGGAAGCACUGGAAGAGGCAAGUGAGAAGCCGGUGAGAGAAGUAAUGGACACCUGGACUAGACAGAUGGGUUAUCCUGUGCUAAAUGUGAAUAAAACAGGUGUCACACAGAAGCGUUUUCUGCUGGACUCAAGAGCUGAUCCUUCCCAGCCACCUUCAGAUUUUGGUUACACAUGGAAUAUUCCAAUUAAAUUUACUGAAAAUGAUACAACACAUAGUGCCUUCUACAAUAGGUCAGAAAAAGAAGAACAUCUUCAGCUCUCCGCUCGGAGCACAGAUGACGAACAUGUCCUGAGUGUACUGAAUGGAGCUCAACUGCUGGGUUAUGAUGUGGCUCUGAACUUGACCCGCUAUCUCAAAAUGGAAGAGAACUUUUUACCAUGGCAGAGAGCCAUUUCAGCUGUAACUUACAUCAUUAGCAUGUUUGAAGAUGAUAAAGAGCUAUACCCCAUGAUAGAGAAAUACUUCCAAGAUCAAGUGAAGCCCAUUGCAGAUUCUCUGGGAUGGGAUGAUACUGGCGACCACCUUACAAAGUUACUCCGUGCCUCUGUGUUAGGGUUUGCCUGCAAGAUGGGAGACCCAAAGGCCUUGAAUAAUGCUUCCCAGUUAUUUGAGAACUGGAUAAGGACAGGCAAGAGCAUUCCUGUMAAUCUCCGGCUUUUGGGUUAUCGGUAUGGAAUGCAGAACUCUGGAAAUGAAGCUUCAUGGAACUAUACUCUAGARCAAUACCAGAAAACUUCAUUAGCUCAAGAAAAAGAAAAACUGCUCUAUGGAUUAGCAUCAGUGAAAAAUGUUACUCUUUUGGCAAGGUAUUUGGAUUUGCUCAAGGACCCAGACCUUAUUAAAACUCAGGAUGUGUUUACAGUCAUUCGAUAUAUCUCCUAUAAUAGCUAUGGGAAGAGCAUGGCGUGGAAUUGGAUACAGCUCAACUGGGAGUACCUAGUCAACAGAUUUACACUCAAUGACAGAAACCUUGGCCGGAUUGUCACUAUAGCAGAGCCAUUCAACACUGAAGUACAACUCUGGCAGAUGCAGAGCUUUUUUGAAAGAUAUCCAGAAGCUGGAGCAGGAGAAAAACCUAGGGAACAAGUGGUGGAAACAGUGAAAAACAAUAUUGAGUGGCUAAAACAAAAUAGAGAGACCAUAAAAGAAUGGUUUUUUAACUUAUCAAAUAACAGUUAAUAUGUUCAAAUGUCAUAUUUUUUUAAUUUGUGAAGUUGUUGUUUUUCCUAUUAAGCAUUUGAUGGUCUAAAUUUAGAAGCACUAAGGAGAGAGCCUUAUGAAUGGAUACUGAUUUUGCUAAGUACUGUGUUGACGUCUUGCAAAGCUUUUAAAUUGUUCCUCUUUGUUUAUGAAGGAAGAUACUAAUAGAGUAUUUAAUAUACUCAGGGAUUUCUUCUAAGUGUACUUCAUAGGAGAUUCUUUACAAACUGAAGAGAAUUUAAUAGUCAUUUUAAUGUCUUUAAAUAUCAUUCUUUGUAUCUUAAAUCUGUGAAAAUAGAACAAUUUGGUCUUAGCUUUACAUUUUUAGUACCAAAGAAACACCACUUAAUCUUCUCUCUUGAUUGAUUUUUAAAGUUUAAAUACCAGUACUUGAGGGACAUAUUACCAUCUUAAUCUUUAUUUUAUUAUUCAGAGUUACACAGACCUAAUAUCAUUUUAUUCACAUAUGUCUUACUACUUUAAAUCCUACCAAAGUAACCUGGGCUUAAGUUUUGCUCGAGGAUUGCAUGAAUUAGCCAAAGAAAUGGCUGAAUGUUGCCAUUGCUCUUAUAAAA